AUGAAUCGAGAAUCGCGUAAAGAUAACCUCUCUUUUUCCCCGGCCAUGUCGCAACAGGAGCAGCAGCUUCCGAGCAGUGCUAGCGGCGCAAAUAGCGCUGAACUCCCCUUAUGCGUCUCUUUUCAACCCCGUCCCCCUCCUCCCCCCCCCUCCCUCUUCUCCCCACCCCCCCUUUCUCCCCUUCCCCCCCCUCCUCCUCCUCCCAUCCUUCCCUCCCCCCACCCCAGAACCAUGUCGCAGCAGGAGCAGCCGCUUCCGAUCAGCGCGAGCGGCGCGGAGGGCGCUGACGUGGACGAAUCAGGGGUGGCGCAGUCGCCGUCGUCCGCGAAUCCCGCCGCGCCGUCCUUCGCGUCGUCGUCGCUCUACGUGGGCGAUCUGGAUGUUAGCGUUACAGAGGCUCAGCUCUUCGACCUCUUCUCGCAGGUGGGCCCUGUGGCGUCCAUCCGCGUGUGUCGCGACAUGGUCACGCGGCAGUCGCUGGGAUACUCGUAUGUCAACUUCAGCAGCAGCCAGGAUGCUGCGCGAGCCCUUGACCUACUGAACUUCACAAACGUGGCUGGGCGGCCUAUGCGCAUCAUGUUCUCGCACCGGGACCCAUCCAUCAGACGCAGCGGCACUGGCAAUAUUUUUAUCAAGAAUCUCGACAAGAGCAUUGACAACAAGGCUCUGUACGACACCUUUGCAGCGUUCGUCUCGUUGCGUUUGAAUCUCGACAAGAGCAUUGACAACAAGGCGCUCUACGACACCUUUGCAGCGUUCGGCUCGAUCCUCUCCUGCCGCGUUGCUAUGGACGACAGCGGAGCCUCUAAGGGGUUUGCGUUUGUGCAGUUUGAGAAGGAGGAGGUGGCAAAGGCGGCUAUCGAGAAAGUCAAUGGCAUGCUUAUUGCCGGAAAGCAGCGCUUCCCCACUUGCCCCCUUCCAACCCCCCCUCCUCCAGGUGUUUGUAGGUCUCUUUGUGCGCAAGGCAAUGCUUUGGCCUUUCCUCGCCUCCCUCCCCACACCUGCACUUCCCCACUCCCCCCUUCCUCCCCUCCCUCCCCACACCUGCACUUCCCCACUCCCCCCUUCCUCCCUCCCUCCUUCCCUCCCUCCAUGCCCCCUCUCCUCCUCCAGGUGUUUGUGGGUCCCUUCGUGCGCAAGCAGGACCGCAGUUCAAACGACAGUGACGGCAUGGGAGGAGGGGGAGGGGGAGGGGGAGGAGGCAGAGCAGGCAACCAGCAGCAGCAGCCUCACUAUACCAACCUCUACGUGAAGGGUUUAGGAGAGGAGACUACCGAUGAGGAGCUUCUGAAGGUUUUUGCCGCGUUUGGGGCGAUCAAAAGCGCUGUUGUGAUGCGCGAGGCUGAUGGGCGCAGCAAGGGUUUUGGGUUUGUGAAUUUUGAAAAAGCGGAGGAUGCUGCGAAGGCUGUGGAGGGGGUAAAUGGGAGGCGGGUUGUGAAAGGGGUGGUGGUGGGGGGUGGGGAGGGGGAGGGGAAGGGAGGGGAGGGGGAGGAAGCAGGCAAGGAGGGGGCGAAGGAAGGGAAGGAAGGGGAGAAGGGCGGGGAGGAGACAGAGGAGGGAGAAACGAAUGAUGGGGAAAAGAAAGAGGAAGAAACGAAGGAGGGAGAAGCGAAAGAGGGGGAAGCGAAAGAGGGGGAAGCGAAAGAGGGGGAAACGAAAGAGGGAGAAACGAAAGAGGGAGAAACGAAAGAGGGAGGAAAGAAGGGAGGAAAGAAGGGAGGGGGAGGAGCGGGGCGGGUGUGGUACGUUGCUCGGGCUCAGAAGAAAGCAGAGAGAGAGGCAGAACUGAAGCGGCGAUACGAGGAGGAGAGGCGGCAGCAGACUGAGAGGUAUUCUCAGAGGAAUUUGUACUUCAAGAAUCUGGAGGAGAGUGUGGAUGAGGGGGAGUUGAUGAAGAUGUUCCAAGAGUAUGGCACCGUCACCAGCUGUAAGAUCCUCAAGCAGGAGACGGGGGCCAGGCCAGCAAGGAUCCUCAAGCAGGAGACGGGGGCCAGGCCAGGCCAGCAAGGGUGCGAAGGGCGACCUUGGUGGGCGAAGGGCAAGGGCUUUGCUGGCUUCGUGCUCUUUGCCCUUCGCCCAGCAAGGUCGCCGGUCUUGCUCCCUUCUCCACCCAUCCAUACCACCAAAAGAGCACAACCCCUCCCCUCUCUCCCCUCUUCCCUCCACCUUGUUGCCUUUUCCUUCCACCAGAUUCUCAAGCACGAGACAGGUGGCAGCAAGGGUGCUGGCUUUGUGCUCUUUGCAAACGAGGCGGAUGCUGCAAAGGCGCUCACAGCACUGAACAGCAAGAUGGUGAAGGGAAAGCCGCUCUACGUGGCCGUCGCACAGCCAAAGGCAGAACGGCAGGCGCAGCUGCAGGCGAUGUUUCAGCAGCAGCGGGGGGGUGCGCCCCAUGCCCGGGCCCCGGCAGCUGCUGCAGGAGGGUAUUAUGCCCCCCCAGGGGUGGUGGCGCAGCAGGGCGGGUUUUAUGCACAGCCAGGGAUGAUGCCUGUCCAGCCGCCGCACCCUUACUCCCAGCAGCCCAUGCGGCCGGGUAUGGUUCUACCAGCAGGCAUGGGGGGGGCGCCGGGUAUGGCAGGAGGCAUGGGGGCGCCGGGAAUGGUGCCGGGGGGAGCGCAAGGCAUGGUGGGGGGACUGAAUCCCAAUGUGUACAUGCGACAGCAGCAGCAGUAUGGGGCAGCACAAGGGGCGCCUGUGCAGCAGCAGCAGUAUGGGGCAGCACAAGGGGCGCCUGUGCAGGUGGGUGGGGGGAUUGGGAAUGGGAGCAUCAGGGAUGGGGGCAGGCGGAAUGAGGGCAGGAGGGAUGGGGGCGCCGGGAAUGGUGCCGGGGGGAGCGCAAGGCAUGGUGGGGGGACCGAAUCCCAAUGUGUACAUGCGACAGCAGCAGCAGUACGGGGCGGCUCAAGGGGCGCCUGUGCAGGUGGGUGGGGGGAUUGGGAAUGGGAGCAUCAGGAGUGUAGGAGUGGGGCAGGAGGGAUGGGGGCGCCAGGAAUGGGGCACAAGGCAUGGUGGGGAGGACCAAUUCCCAAUGUGUGCAUGCGACAGCAGCAGCAGUACGGGGCGGCUCAAGGGGCACCUGUGCAGGCGAGAGGAGGGGGUGUGCCUGGAGGGUUGGGAGGGCCAGUGCCGAUUCAAGUGCUGGCAGCAGCAGUGGCAUCGGCUCAGCCAGAGCAGCAGCGAGCGGUGAGUGUGGGGGAAGGGAGUGGGAGUGUGCACGUGGUGUGGUUGCACUGCGCGCAACACAUCACGCACUGGAAACGGCUGAAACGGAAGGACGUCCGUCUUUGCAAGGCGCCUAUCCCUUCUGCUGACCGCGGCGCCGUCCGCGAAUUGUACGAAGGCAAACACGCCCGCAGGGAAGGGAAGAAGAAGGCGGAGGAGAUGGCGAUCGAGGCGUGUGCGGGUGGAGCGAAGAAGCAGUGCAUCGAAGACUUCUACGGGGAAGGGGCGUCGUGUGCGAAGGAAUCGGCAGACGACGCCAUCUGCCUCAUGUGGGCGGCACUUCACCUCCCGGAGCAUCUCGCCGAUCACCCUCUCUGGCGCAACGCUGUGCGCUGCAUCAGGGACGCGGGCCAUGGCUACGUUCCCCCGAAGCGGCGGUAUGUUGGUGGCGCCGGCCUUGCGCGCUGCCGCGAAAAGAUCGAGAGGGGGCUCGCUCCCAUCACUGCGAGCUGCAAGCGGGAUGGCGUGACGAUAGGCUCGGACAUGAUGACGGACAAAAGUGGCCGUCCCCAAGCCAACAUCCUGCUCAUCAACGAUUCCGGUGCAGUGUUCACCGAAAGCAUCGACUGUAAGUUGGAGACGAAGAUGGGAGGCUACAUUGCAUCCGUUUUGCGCCCGAUCAUUGAGAAGGUGGGGCCCGCCAACAUAGUUGCGUUAUGCAUGGAUGGGGGCAGCAAUUAUGCGGCUGCAUGUAGGGAUUUCAUGCUUGAGUAUCCUCACAUUGAACAUGUGCCGUGCGCUACUCACGUCAUGGAUCUGCUCAUGGAGGACAUUGGGAAAAUGGAUUGGGCGAAAGACAUUGUGGCUAAGGCGGGGGUGAUUAUCACCUAUGUGCGUGCCCACCAUUUCAUCAAAGGUUACAUGCGAAGCCCGCAAGUGAAGGGAGGGAAAGGGAAGCAGGUGUUGAAGCCGGCGGGCACCAGAUUCGGCACGCAAUUCAUCGCGGUGCAGCGGCUUUGCGAGGUGCGGAGUGCAUUGACGCAGAUGGUGCUGAGCCCGGAGUGGCAGGCUUGGGCGAAGGGGAGGAAGCCGCCGGUCGAGCCCUUCGCAACCAUGAUCAUGGAUGCCGUGUGGUGGAAAGGUGCGGAGUUCUUCGUCGCCCUCCUGAAGAUCCCCUUUGUCGUCAUGCGCAAGACCGACUCGACGGCCAAGGGCAUGAUGGGCAGGAUGUACGAUCUGAUGCUGGAGCUCACGGAAGACAUCAAUGCGAAGCUGGAGGAGGAGGAGGCAGGAUUGGUGCUGUCCAGCAGUGAACGCACGGAGGUGACCAACAUCGUCCAAAAGUGCUGGGAACAUAGCAUGGCGUGUGCCAUGCACGUGGUUGGCCGGAUCCUCAACCCAGUCAACCAAGAGGAAGGCAUCUUCCGCACCGACCUGGAGUGUAGUCGCGUCUUCAAAGCGUUUGUCGCUCGUCACUACACAGGGCGGACCGUCACGCGCAAGGAUGGCGAGGAGCUGCGUGCAUCCCACGUCAUCCAGGACGGCCUGACGGCAUUCAACACCCUUCAGGGGAGCUUCGGCCUACCCGACGCCAUCUCUGACCGUGAGCUCGUGAAGGCCGGCAAGAAGACGGCCGUCCAGUGGUGGACGUGGCACGGGACGGAGCACCCCGAGCUGACAACGCUCGCUUGUUGCGUUCUCUCUCAGCCAGUGUCCGCAUCGGUGUGUGAGAGGAACUGGGCAGUGUGGGAAUCGAUCCACACUGCCAAGCGCAACAGGUUGGGGUCCGAGAAGUGUCGGGACCUCGUGUACGUUGCGCACAAUUGGAACAUUGUGCGCAACUGGCACAAGGGGGCUGAGUGGGUGACGGUUCUCCCGGGGAACAUCCUUGAGGCCUCCCUGCCGGAAGGGUACAACGAGUUCUACACCCUAAUCACCUCCUCUCCUCUCUCCCAUCAGAUCCCGGGCGAGCAGCUGUACCCUUUAGUGGCCCAUCCUGGGGGAGCAGCUGUACCCACUUAUCCUGGGGGAGUAGCUAUCCUGGGGGAGCAGCUGUACCCACUUAUCCUGGGGGAGCAGCUGUACCCACUUGUGGCCUAUCCUGGGGGAGCAGCUAUUCUGGGGGAGCAGCUGUACCCACUUGUGGCCCGUCAGGAGCCGGAGCAUGCGGGCAAGAUCACGGGAAUGCUGCUGGAGAUGGACAAGGGGGAGCUGCUCAUGCUGCUGCAGUCCCCAGACGCCCUCCGAGCCAAGGUUUCCGAAGCUCUCGAUGUGCUUCGGAUCGCCGCUGCCAUGGCGGCCGCCUCCACUGCGGACCAAGGCUCGGGAUGA